AAGCCCUCUUCAUUAAAUCCCCUCAGUCUCCGGUGUAAGCAUUAAGCAGAAGAAAAUCUCUGUACCCCUUAUUUUAUUCUUUCUUGUUUAAACUAAAAUUUUCCCAUCAUCAGACGCGAGAAAACCAACCAGAAUCGCUCACUACUGCUCUCUUGGCUCCUAAUUAAUGGAAGCUUGAGUUAGCUUUCGUGCAGUGCAGCAGUAUCAUAUAUCUCAUCGAACUCCUUCACUGAUUGUUGGGGUCGAAGAUGGGAUUCUUGGAUGUGCUGGUAGUGGCAUUAAUCCCGGUGCUGGAAGUUCUAGUGGUCACUGGAAUUGGAUUAUCUCUCGCGCUACAUCGCAUAAAUCUGUUGGGACCCACUGCUAGACACAAUCUCAAUAAUCUUGUAUUCUACGUGUUAAGUCCUGCGCUGGUGGUUAGCCAACUCGGAGAAACUAUUACUUUUUCAAGUCUGGUUUCCUUGUGGUUUAUGCCAGUGAAUAUCCUCCUUACCUUCAUAAUUGGCUCGGUGUUUGCCUGGAUUCUUAUUAAAAUCACUAAAACUCCACCUCAAUUCCAAGGUCUCGUCAUUGGUUGCUGUUCUGCUGGAAAUUUGGGAAACUUGCUUCUCAUUGUUGUUCCAGCAGUGUGUGAAGAGUCAAAUAGUCCAUUUGGAGAUUCAACCAUCUGUUCUACUUAUGGAGAAGCUUAUGCUUCCCUUUCCAUGGCGGUGGGAACUGUAUACAUAUGGACCUACGUAUAUUUUAUCAUGCGAAUAUAUGCAGAUAAGAGUGUUGCGGCUACCAAUAACCAUACAAAUGAAACACAAACAUUUCUAGAAAGUUGCACUGAAUCACUACUACUUCCUUCAACGGAAAACUCCAGUUCCAAUGCCCUUUCAAGAACUGCGUCCGAGGGAAAACUGUCUUAUUUGGGGAGAGCUUUCCAGCGCAUUAAAAAUUUUGCAGAAAAGAUCAACCUGAAGAUGGUUUUUGCUCCUUCCACAAUAGCAGCUAUUAUUGGGUUUAUUAUUGGGACAGUCUCUCCAAUCAGGAAGUUGAUAAUUGGCGACAGUGCUCCUCUUCGUGUGCUUGAGAAUUCUGCAUCUUUGCUGGGGGAGGCAACAGUUCCAUCUAUGACCCUGAUGGUGGGAGCAAACCUUUACAAAGGUUUAACAACAUCAGGAGUAAACACAUGGGUGAUUGUUGGAAUUAUAGGAGUGCGAUAUAUUUUGAUGCCUCUGUUGGGCCUUGGUGUAGUGAAAGCAGCAUACCAUUUUGGUAUGGUUGGAUCAGACUCAUUAUAUCAGUUUGUUCUUAUGCUUCAGUAUGCACUUCCGCCUGCAAUGGCCGUAGGCAUAAUCGCGCAGCUGUUUGAAGCUGGAGAGAGUGAAUGUUCUGUGAUCAUGUUGUGGACUUACGUCGUGGCUGCAUUUGCUCUUACCCUUUGGUGCACCUUAUAUAUGUGGUUUAUCUAGUGAUUUGCAGUCCAAAAUUUUUUGGAACACCACUGCCAAAGCCAUGCACUUUCAGGCAGAGCCACAAAAUGGGGUUUUAGCAAUUAAUUAGAUGGCAAUGUAAUCGAAAAUCGCAGGAUUUUAAGGGGUUUCUCUCUCCGUGUAAUCAGAAUAUAGAUUUGAUAAUAAGCAUAUCCUAUAGAAUAUUUUCUGGUA